AUGGCGGACUUCACAUGGUCAAAGCCAUUGCCUCCUCGGCGAAGAAGAUCAGAGCUGACACUAAGCCAUCCGCACCCCGAUGAAGACGACUCUCUUACAAACCUCGGUGUUCCAUCUGUCAGAUCGCGCCAGUGGAGGCCCAUCCCCCGCAUUGCGAGUCUUGAUGUUCUCAGUGCUGCGAGCAUCAGGUCAGACGGCUCGCAGUCGUCCUCUCAUAGGCUGUCGCCAUCGUCAUCGCCAUCGCCAGCAGAACCAGCAGAGGCAAUCUGGUACCAAGAACGAGACGAAACAGAGCGUGCUCUAUCUCUGGAGCAGAUGAUUAAUGCUUUACACUAUACGAUGAUGACCAAGCCCGUCCUCGAUCCGGUGCCCAGAGAGUACAACUCUUACAUCCUGCAUUUACUGGAAGGCUAUUGGGACGUCCAAGAGCGGCUGAAGAAGACCGAGCAGGAGCUGGUAGAGGAGAAGGAGACAAAGCAGCGCAGUUUUGAGGAAUUCACCAAGAUAUCCGAGGAGUGGGCGACGAAGGAGGCCGACUUCCGCGCCGAGAUCAAACGCAUGGAACUGGUCCUCGUCGAUGUCGCCCCUGGAGGCGUUGGUGCGGUGGUCCUGGCCAGGUCUGGCAGUCUCGUUGACAGAAGCGCCAGAUCCUCACAACUUUUCAAGGCCAAGGUCGAGAAGGCUAAGGAAAGUCCCACCAAAGAUAAUCGUAGCCCCAACAAGACCGAUAGCCUGGAGAAGCGGCCGGUCUCUGGCGGCUCAGGAAGCCCCCGUCUAAACCAUCGAACGUUCUUGUCUAUGCAACCAAAUCUUGAUGACAAUGCUGAUAUUGAACUGAGCAAGGGCCUCAGAAGGGCUCAGCAACGACAGCAACGGGCCUCGAAACAUGGAAAAAAGAAGCGCAGAGCUACGCCGGUAGAAAUGGUAUGGAAUAUCGGAAUAGAUUCGUCAGAAGAAGAAGAAAACCAGCCAGCGUCGGCAGAGAAGACAGCCAGGUUGCCUGGCUUGGGGUCCCCGAAGCUUAAACUUCCGCGUCCAGCGGCACAUACGCAGACUACCCCAGAAUCGCCCGCAACAAAAGCCGCCAUCUACACCAGCAGUGAGUCUGACAAUAGGCAUUACUGGCCUGGCGCCACCCCUCUCAUCGGCGUGGGCUCGGUCGAAUACGCAGCGGCCGCAACGGAUAUGCCGAUAGAUGAACGGCCGUUAAGUGCUCACCCGGAUGUCAUGACGGCCACAAAUGGUUACCGAACGGCCUUGGCUGCCCGUAGAAGCUCAGGGUUCCACCGCCACAGAAGAGACUUCUCCUUCGAUGCUGUAGAAGAUGGCAUGCCUCAACAGGCUCUGGCAGGCAGUGCUUGUUCUUCUCAAGAUAAAGACGCCCAACCGUCUUGCACCGAGACUAACACUCAGGGGCACGCCCUCUCGUCAGAAAAACAUGCUCCAAUGGCAUCAAUCACUGCAAAGCCUUCGGGCCAAGCACACAUGGCGGCAAAGGAUGUAUCGCAACGGGUGGCUAUCGAGGAGCGGGAUCAAGGCUGGUCCAAAGGCUAG